AUGCUCUCGACCUUCUCCUUCACGUGGACUUCGCACCGUGGUGGGCUGCACUCUCUGGAGGGCAACGGCAGUACCAAUGCUGCGCCAGCCAGACGACCCCAACAGCACGCUACGGUUGCUCAAGAAGCGAACGGGUGGCUCGCGCAGUUUGAAGCACAACGCGCGUGUCAUUUGCACUCGCUCAUCCAUUCUGGCUUGUCUUCGGAUCGGGCCUGCACAGGACCAGCCUCAAAACAUGUGCUCGCCCUGACUGCUCAGGACGCCAAGGGGUCUGGACUCUUCGGCCGCGGGACCAGAAGAGAGCUGCUCCAGACAGCCUUGGCGCCCUCGAAGAGCCCCGGCGAGGCGCAACUGAGGGGAAGCACCUCUGCUGCCACCAGACACCUCCAAGCGCCAAAACAAGACGGCGGACCUCCUUGGAACGCCGUCAGAGCACGCCGAAGAAGCACCUAG